AUGUUUCUUCCUUCAGGUCCGAACGACAGGAAACCCACUGAGUUCCUGCUCAUCGAUGGACAAAAAUAUGCUGUUGUUGGGACGGUUCUGCUGCUGAUCCGGAUCUUUCUGGAAUACUGUCAGUGUGUCAACGACAUCCCAUCCAUCGCCACCGACAUGCUGACGCGUCUGUCCGACCUCCUCAAGCACUUUAACUCUCGGAGCUGCCAGCUGGUUCUGGGAGCCGGAGCGCUGCAGGUCGUCGGCCUCAAGACCAUCACAACGAAAAACCUGGCGUUAGCUUCCCGCUGCCUGCAGCUCGUGGUUCUCUACAUUCCCAUCAUCAAAACUCACUUCAAGACCAAACUGCAGCCGAAACAGUUCAGCGUCCUCAGACACUUCGACCACAUCACCAAGGACUACAACGAUCACAUCUCAGAGAUCUCAGCCAAACUGGUGGCCAUCAUGGACAGUCUGUUUGAGAAGGUUUUAUCAAAGUAUGAAGUCAAAGCUCCGAUGCCCUCAGCCUGUUUCAGAAACGUCUGUAAACAGAUGGCGAAGAUGCACGAAGCCAUUUCUGAGCUUCUACCUGAAGAACAGACUCAGAUGUUGUUCCUGAGGAUAAAUGCCGGUUUUAAAAUGCACCUGAAGAGACAACUGUCUCGACUCGGGGUCAUUAAUGAUGGAGGACCGCAGCACGGGUUGGUGGUCGUGGAUGUCGCCUUCUACACGGAGAACAUUCAGGUGCUGAAGAGCCUCGAGCGGCUCGACCUGAACAUGGCCGAGAUCUGGGAGCAGAAGAGGUGAUGGGACGAUGGCGACGUCCAGGAUCCAACCCGCUACCCCACCGACUCGGUUGACGGAGGGCCAACCCCCGGGAGUCGACAGCGGCCGGUUGAGGGUGGAGGAGGAGCCGGAGGUCCGCAGGGACCACAAACACAAAACUGGAGAAGGAGCGCAGCGACACGUCGGAGCCUCCUUAACAGCUCCACCUUAAAAAGCUAAAUCAAAUAUCACACAGAGCCUCCUUAAGAUCCGCUGCCGCCUCAUCUCACUGUAAAUCAACUGAACACUAGUAAAUUAUUAGAGACGGUUUCAGGAGGAGAAAUGGAGGGUAAUUUAUUUUUUGAAAACAUUCAAUACUGGGGCAGUUUUUCUCCAGCGAGCUGCGACGCUGGAGCUGAAGGGAAUUUUAACAUUUCAUCGUAUUCUGGGCUCGAGGGAAUGGACCAACCUCAAAGAGUCAACAGGGUUCUCCAGACGUUCUCCAGACGUUCUCCAGACGUUCUCCAGACGUUCUCCAGACAACAGGUGCUGUGGUGAAAACCUGCGGAUGUAAAAGAUUCUUUCAUUUUUAUACUUGAGACAAAUUAUUUUCUGGACUUUGUGUCUUGAGGUCUGAAGGAAGCUGAAUGGAGUUUAAUGAAAAGGUGAAAUUAAAGAAUUAAAUUCAGAUCAACGAGAUUCAAACUGUGAAAGAAUCAAAACUCUCAGCUACUUCCUGUCAUUACCAAAGUAAAAUGGAUUUUAAUUUGGGAAUUUAACUCUUUGAUUUCAUUUUUUCCUCUUUAAACAAAUCUGACGAGAUGAUUCAGAGACGGUGAAGUUUUUUUUAUAAUUGUAGAAGAACGUGAAGCAUGAAUCUCAGCUGUCGACUCAAACUACUGUUGAUCUUCUCCCUCCUACUUUUAUUGAACCUGCAUGAGCUUUUUGUUUCCUCAAACCACAGAGCGGAACAGAAAAUCAGGUUUUAUUGUCUAAACUGAAUUUCCUUCUGGAAGUCUGAAGAUCAAAACUGCACAAGAUGAAACUUUUAUGAUUAAAAUUGCAGCAAUAAAUUCAAACGUGUCCGUGAACGUGAGGAUAAAUGAGCCUUCUUUUACAUCUGAGCUCAUUUAAAUGUGAGCGAACGCUAAUCGUCACGAUUCAUUCUCAACCUGUCAAAUCAUGGUUUUGUUUUUAUUUCCCUCGGCGGCGCCCUCUGUGGUCACACACAGGAACGCAGCCAGAUGACAAGAUUAGUGGGGAACAUAAAUAAUGAAGAAUCCGAUUUUCUGUUCCUGAGUGAAGUUUGAGCUCAAACCAAAAGUCUGUAGCGCUGCGGCCUCAUCACGACUUUAUAGAGACGUUAAUGAUCCUUUUGUCAUGUGACGACUUGAACGUGAAGAAAUGUGGUCGCUGUGGGCUCCUGUAGCUGCUCAGAUGACUCCUGUGUGUGUGUGUGUGUGUGUGUGUGUAUAUAAACACAUAACACACACAUCUCGUGGGAGUGAAUGUUGUGAUGAAGCCGCAGGUUCAGACUGAAGCUGAGAAACAAAAAGCAUCAAAUGUUCAGAAGUGCCUCCUGUCUGAGCUCCUCACUACAGUGUGCCUACCAUACCACUGUGUCUGUCUGUCUGUCUGUCUGUCUGUCUGUCUGUCUGUGUGUGUCUGUCUGUCUGUGUUUGUGUGUCUGUCUGUCUGUGUGUGUGUGUGUGUGGCAGCACGUCUGAGAACCCAAAUGUCUUGAAUAAAACAGGUAAUGGAGCCACUUUGUUCUUCAGUUUGUUUCUGCUGCAGAUUCUCAGUCAUUCGUUUGAUUCAUCGUAAAUAAAACAGAAAUCAAACAGAAA